CACACACAUUAAAAUAUAAAUAUAGUAAAACAAAUACACACACAUAUAUAUGUGUGUAUAUAUAUAUAUACACACGCAUAUUUACUGCUCUUCGUAGCAAUCCAGGACUCUCUAUAUAUUUCCAUGAACACGCCAAUCUAUUCCUCUGCCUGCACUCCAUCUGGCAGCUUUGCACCAGGUUCUGUUGUUAUUGUCGAUGGUAGUUGGUGGUGUUUUACUUUUCGGUUUGUGCCUCCUGCCCUCCCUCCCGCUCUUCCCCACCCCCUUCUCCGGCACUGCCACACUCUCCCGUUUCCCGAUAAUUGUGCAGAGAAUUUAUUAUUGUUUUUGCUACUAUUACUACUACUAUUACAAUUGCUUGCUAAAUAUUUAUCAUUUAGCCGCUAUCCCCACUUCUCCCUGCGCGCGCGUGUGUGCGUGUGUGUGUUUUAGAUGUGAUUUUGUCUAUUGUUGGCAUGAGACCGGAGGGUGGGGGGAGAUACAUCUUUCUCCCCUACGAGAUAUGCUUCCAUUCAGCUUCCUUCCCCCUCACCCCCUCCCCACCCCCUUUCCACCUCAUCAUUUCUUUUUAAACCUGCAAUACUUCUCGAUAGAUCCACCUCUCAGGCUCGUUUUUUCCGAAAGAAAGAUGAAAGACGUGUAAUUAGAGAAAGAGGAAAGGGUGUGAAAAAGAUGGAAGGGAGAAAAGCAGAAAAAAAAAAAAAAAGAAAAAGGAAAAAAAAAAAAGGUGAAAUGUGCUACUCUCAUCUCCGCUUCCCUGUGCUUCCCGGUGUCCCCGAGUGUGCUUCCGUGCGAGAUUUGGCCUUGUUUUCAUUUCAGGCGUUCAAAGGAAAGUUUGGGGCUGAACCGUGUUUCUGUACUUCUGUUCUUUCUUUCUUUCUUUCUUUCUUUGCACUGCUCAUUUUAUUUCUUCAUCAAACUCCGCCCUCUCCUUCAAGUCUUCAUGCUAAUCUCGAUUAGUAUCUUUACCGGUUCUUCUUUUAGCAGCAUCCGCAGCCUGCAUCUGGCAGCGGGAUCCCCACCAUUUCCAAAUGCUCUGCUAUUUUUUUUUCCUCCUUCUUUCUAAAAGUUACUUGUGAUUUUCCUUGAGUUCAGAUUCAUUCUCGUGUAGGGAGAUUUCAUGCCCCCCUUUCUCCUCGAAACAUGUUCUCGUGGUUUAAAGUUUACCCUCUGACUGUCGUUAAAGAUGUUCUAAAGAUGUGACAUCAGCGAAAUAGAUGGUUUUGUGGAGCAGGGAUUUUAAACAUCUAUUUUAUAUGCCACAAUAAAAGGAAUUGAAUCAGGCUGCUCCAGCUCUUUGGUAAGAGCUCACAAAUAUGAUGGCUUCAUUGGUAGCUGCAGGAGCUGUUGGUAGGCACCUGAGAGAGUGAAGGCAAGCAAAAAAAAAUUAAGGGAAGGAGGAGAAAAAAAAAAUUUAAAAAGUGAGAACUGUGCACGCAGUUAAAUGAAAAAUAUCUGCCAAGUUUGCAAGUAGAUUGAAGAGGGACAGGUAGGUUGGAGAGCAGGAGGACACAGAUCUGGCCCGAGUGGCGAGGAGGGGCAAGAAAAGAGAAAGUUGAGAAAAAUGUGGCACGCCGGAAACAUGAGCGGGUGUGUGCCAGCAAGCCUGUGCUGUUGUGCGGGUGUGUGUCUAUGUGUGCAGGGUACAAGCAUACCUGAGUAGCCGUAUCUUCCCCUGAAGUUACGUUUGUUUACAUGGUAAGCGGCUGCAAACGCUGGCACUGAUGGAGUAAAACACACGCACACACACACAAAAAAAAAAAAAAAAAAAAAAAGAAACCAAAACCAAAAAAACCCCCACCAACUUUGGUCAGCUUUCGGGACUUGAGGCAUGCUUACGCUCUGUGUGGAGAUGGUUAAUGAAUCUAGUGUUUUUGCAGUUGCAAGCUUGUGCAUUCACUGUGCAACGCUGACUGCAGGCUUUUGCAGUGGCAACAGCUCACCAAAGAUAUUAAUUACACCGUCCCCUUUUUUUCCCACCAAUGUUUGGCUAUUCGGUUCAGCGAGGAAGAAUGCCGCCCACCCAACCCAACCCCGGCCAGUACGCGCUGACCAACGGCGACCCUCUGAACGGGCACUGCUAUCUCUCGGGAUACAUCUCCCUCCUGCUGCGGGCCGAACCCUACCCCACCUCCCGCUACGGUAGCCAGUGCAUGCAGCCCAACAACAUCAUGGGCAUCGAGAACAUCUGCGAGCUGGCCGCCCGUUUGCUCUUCAGCGCCGUCGAGUGGGCCCGCAAUAUCCCCUUCUUCCCCGACCUGCAGAUCACCGACCAGGUGGCCCUGCUGCGGCUCACCUGGAGCGAGCUCUUCGUCCUCAAUGCUGCCCAGUGCUCCAUGCCACUCCAUGUUGCCCCGCUCCUGGCCGCCGCCGGUCUCCACGCCUCCCCCAUGUCGGCCGACCGUGUUGUCGCCUUCAUGGACCACAUCCGCAUCUUCCAGGAACAGGUGGAGAAGCUGAAGGCUCUGCACGUCGAUUCGGCUGAAUACAGCUGUCUGAAAGCCAUCGUCCUCUUCACCUCAGACGCCUGCGGCCUGUCGGAUGCUGCGCACAUCGAGAGCCUCCAGGAGAAAUCGCAGUGCGCUCUAGAGGAGUACGUGCGGAGCCAGUACCCCAACCAGCCCAGCCGCUUCGGGAAGCUGCUGCUGCGGCUGCCCUCCCUGCGCACCGUAUCCUCCUCCGUCAUCGAGCAGCUCUUCUUCGUCCGCUUGGUAGGUAAAACCCCCAUCGAAACCCUCAUCAGGGAUAUGCUACUGUCGGGGAGCAGCUUCAACUGGCCUUACAUGUCCAUCCAGUGCUCCUAGAGCCCAUCCCGCAUCCCCGGCAGAGAGGCGGCGAAGCAGCGGAGAGGGAAACGCUCGCACCGAGGGGCAGUCGGGGUGCAGGGGGGUCCCGGGAAGUGGACACGGAACAAAAGAAAGGGCGAGUGGGAGCAGAGAUGGGGCCGUGGAGGGGAGAAGGACGGACCUGUGGUCCGUGGAGGUUGUGAUGUUUCGCCUUUUUUUUUUGCCUAUUUUGUUUUUUUUUUUUUGUUUUCUUUCGGAGAUGAGGAAUAAAGAAAUAAAUAAUAUUAAUAAAAGAGACAAAAAAAUGAGUAUUGAGGGGAUAUUAACCAAACCUGAAGGGGAUACUGGAUCUUCCAGGAUUUAUUGUGGACUGUUGUUGAUAAAUGCUGUACAGUAAACCAACAAAACAAAAAAGAACUGAAACUGAACUGAACCUUGUGUAGAAUGGAAAAAAAAAAAAUCAGCCAAAACCAAGCAAACAGCAACAAAAUUUCCAUGCACGAACACUUUCCAUGAACAUUAUUACUCAUUUUGUAAUAUAUUAGUCUUUAUUUUCAUUUUUGGUAAAAGUUUAAACAUCAUAUGCGCAUAAAGGGAAAAAAAAGGAGAAUUAGGGGAAAAUAACAUUUUCCAAAUAAUUAUAAAAGAAUUGUCCUGUGUCUAUGUAUCUAUAUCUGUUUUGUAUUUUUUUCUGGUUCCAAACCAGGUUUCCUGUGAUUCUAUACUAAUAAUUUUUGAUAUAACCCUUUGCUUCUUAUAAUGAGUACGAUAUAUGUUGUCAAAGUUGUUCUUCAAGAAUUAAAAUUAAAGUGAGAAUUAAAAAAAAAAAAUAAAAGUAUUUAGCAAAAAAGCCCCCAACUUAUCACCCCACAACUCAUGAGUCUUGUUGCUUGAAACAUGCCAACAAUUCACAUAAAAAGAAAGAAAGAAAGAAACAAACAAAAAACAACAAAAAAGGGAAAAAACCACCCAAACCAUAAACAACAACAACAACAACAAAAAUCUCCCCACAUUUUUAAUUCCUGUACUGGUGCUGAAAAGAAGAACUUAAAAAUACUUGGGAGGGGUAACCGAGUCAUGUAAACUAUUGGAUGCUUCAAAAUGGACUUGAUUGUAUAAGCUUAGGGCUGAGCUGUCAAGGCCUAGAAAAAGGGAGCAGUAGUUGCAGUGUGAUGCCUCAGGUGACCUCACUUCACUAGAACUGCACCACAGACUCUCCACCAAGGCUGAAGCCUAUCAGGCUGACCUGCCCCCUUUUGAAACACCUUCUCUCAUCACCUGGGUUUUCUGCUGAGUUCACACACUGCUUUUUACUCUCAGACAUUGUGGGCAUAGUUUGAAGUCACCAUAUGCCAUCAUCUCUACCUGUGCAGCAGGAGGCAUAGGGGCCUGUUUAUUCCAGGCAUGGUGGCAUUUGGCUUCUGGGGCUAGGUGUGGGGCUGUAGGGUUUCUGUUUUUAUCUUCUUUUCCACUCCAAGGCCCUCACAGACCCCCGAAUAUGCUCUAGUGUGCAUGCCUUCUGCUUACUGUCAGCCAGAACAGAUCUCUUGCUUUUUUUCCCAACUCUAGUUGCUGUGUGUGGAGGGUAUUCCCACUCCAUUAAUAUAGAAAUCCAGCUGGAUGCUUGCUCAUUGGGUGGUGAGCUAGUGCAUUUCAUGUAUGCUUAUGUGCCAUAGCCAUGCAAAAAACACAGGCUGUGACACCCCACACCAUGGCCCACCCACUGCCAGGGCCUGAGCUCUGUGCCAAAAGCCCCUUUUCAUUUCAGCUUGUCUUUUUUUUUUCCCAGAAAAUUAAAAAUCGUUUUUGUAAUGGAGCUGCUUUGAAGGUAAAGGCUUCUAGCUGGUGGUGCAGAUCUCUGUAACAGCUUUCAGUGCAUUAAUGUUUUAUAGGAUCUGAGAUGGAGCUGUAAGAACACAUACUACCAAGGGAGCUCUUUCUUAAUGUAUUAAUAAAGCUGAAUCCUUAAAAAUAA